AUGAAGUACGAUAGUCUGAAAAGUACCCCUUCUCAAGAUAUGCCCUUAUUUAAGAAACAUGAUAUAGAUCCAUCGUCAAUUAAUGUACAAAUUAACAAAGUGUCUUCAACAUCCCCAGAAAAACCUAUGAAUUCCACCAUGCAGUACGGUAGGCAAGAAAGUCUCGCUUCUGAAUUACGUGACGCACCUAGAGAACUGGAUGAGGAUCCAUCAUCAGUUAGUGUAAAGAAAUUCAUUUUAAAGUUUAUCUAUUUUUACAGCCGUGUCCAUAUCACACGAGCCACGCUUAAUCAACUGGGCGAUAAAUUCCAAGUCGAAAAUGGCGAAGGUGCAAGCAGGGAAAAUUAUCUGUCAGAUCAUAAAAUAGAAACGUUCCUUAUAGUACCACCAAAGCAAUUAUAA